CAGCGCAGACUCAGAAACAUGGCGGACGAAGUUGAGCAGCAACCAACUACCAACACUGUUGAGGAGCCGCUCGAUCUGAUCAGACUCAGUCUAGAUGAGAGGAUCUAUGUCAAGAUGAGGAACGACCGGGAGCUCCGCGGCCGGCUGCAUGCCUACGAUCAGCACCUGAACAUGAUCCUGGGUGACGUAGAGGAGACGGUGACGACGGUGGAGAUUGACGAGGAGACGUAUGAAGAACUCUACAAGUCAACCAAGAGGAACAUCCCCAUGCUGUUCGUCAGAGGAGACGGCGUCGUCCUCGUAGCUCCGCCCCUCAGGGUGGGCUAACCCCGACCACUUCCUGUUGUGGAGGAGCGUUUGUGACAGCUGGCAAGUUUCUAACCUCGAGGGGGAGAGCGGUGCUGCGAUGACAGGCUGAAACGGGGGCUGGGUUCAAACGUCUUCAGCCCCUCAGGUCAGACUCUUUUGUCAACACCGUCCUCUUAUGACUCGAAGGUCAGAUUCUACACAAAUUCCCAACUUCCUUUUGUGGGGCUGCAACCAUGUAAAACAGGUUUUGACUCAAGGGAAAGAAAGUAAGAGGACUUUCUCUCUUAGUUUUGGACUGCAAGGGCCUAUUGUUUUGUUUUUAUUUGGAGGGUUUGUUGUUAAGUUGAUGAAUCCCAAGUUUUAGUUGUUACGACUGAAAAAAUGGACGUUAUUUUUGGUGACCUCCAGAGGUUUUAGUUUCCUCUUAUUCCCGGAUUCUGCAAGUCGCAGACCAAACUACAGAUGUCUCAUCAUGGUUUUAAGAAGCCGAACUGCUUCAGAUGCGUGUGUGUGAACCUCUUUUGGUCUCAUUUGUUGAGUUUAAAAAGUAUUACGAGACAACAAACCUGAGCGGAGGGGUUUUAUGGGAUUUUUUUGUUUUUGAAAUUUCGGUUUCAAAAUCCAAAAUGUUUGAAACUUUCAUGUUGAUUUCAAGCAAAGGUAUUGCAUUACUCCAAACCCAUCGUCUGUGAAUGUUUGGAAGAUGUUUGAGUUUCUGUGGGAUGCUUUUACUUUGGGGUUUUUUUUAUAUAUUUUUGUAGUGUUUGUGGGACUUGGAAGUACAUCAUGCUCAGAUUUGUCAGUCUGUAAACAUUUGUUCUCAUGGUUUUGGUAACUUGAAUUAAAAGAUGAUUUGAGAAA